AUGAGACAAAGAGAGAAGGGCGGCUGGGCCUGCCCACAGAAUGGCGGCCCCCACAGGCGACUGCGUGGCUUGAAAGGCCAAGGGGAAAUGGCAUCAGCUCUUCUUCCCCCCGCCUCUCACGGUGUUACAUGCCCUGUGUGUGCCCAGUCCGAAAACAAAACCAAGCCAAACGAACUCACGGGUCCACAAGGAUACGCUGGCUGCAGUACACACCUUGAAACUUUGUGGGUGUCUCAGUUGUGCCACAGCAGUUUGAGCAGGCAGUGCUUAGCCAGGACUCCUGGGCCAGCCUUUUCAGGGGCCACAGUGAAACACGGAAUCAUCUCGGGGAUGCUGUUCGGCCCCAGCCCGAUCGCGGAGUUGUUGAGCAGCGCCCUGGGGCUCGCCCUGUACCUCAACACCCUGAGCGCCGACUUCUGCUACGAUGACAGUCGAGCUAUCAAGACAAACCAGGACCUUUUGCCUGAGACGCCGUGGAUCCAUAUCUUCUACAAUGACUUUUGGGGGACGCUGCUUACUCACAGUGGGAGCCACAAGUCCUACAGACCUCUCUGCACACUUUCCUUCCGCAUUAACCAUGCUGUUGGGGGAAUGGACCCAUGGGGCUACCACCUUGUAAAUGUCCUCUUACAUGCUGCAGUCACUGGCCUUUUCACAAACUUCUCCAGGAUUCUCUUUGGCGAUGGGUACUGGACCUUGAUAGCGGGCCUGCUGUUCGCAUCUCAUCCCAUCCACACGGAGGCCGUGGCAGGGAUCGUGGGGAGGGCAGAUAUUGGAGCCUGCCUCUUCUUUCUGCUUUCCCUCAUGUGUUACGUGAAGCACUGCUCUACCAGAGGUUCCUCACCAAGUACCUGGGGCUGGAUCUUGGGAGCAGGGCUGUGUGCAGGAUGCAGCAUGCUGUGGAAGGAGCAAGGAGUGACUGUUCUGGCCAUUUCAGCUGUGUACGAUAUCUUUGUAUUUCAUAGACUGAAAAUGCAUCAGAUCAUUUCUGCUUUAUACAAGAGAAAGAAUUUGACCCUGUUCUUCAGCAUUGGUUUAUUGACCUCCUGGGGAACUGCACUGCUGGGUGUUCGCUUAUACUGGAUGGGCAACAAGCCCCCAAGUUUUUCUAAUUCUGACAAUCCAGCAGCUGACUCAGACAGUUUUCUCACACGUACUUUAACCUUCUUUUACUUGCCAACCAAGAACCUCUGGCUGUUGCUGUGCCCAGAUACCCUCAGCUUUGACUGGUCUAUGGAUGCUGUGCCUCUUCUAAAAGCUGUCAGUGACUGGAGGAAUCUACACACUGUGGCCUUCUAUGCAGGACUCCUCCUCCUUGCCUACUUUAGCUUGAAGGGCUCCAGCAAUGAGAGAGAAUGCAAUGGGAAAACUGUAAUGAAUGGCAAGCAAAAUGCUAAUGGGCAUAGCUGCCACCCAGAGAUGGAGUACAAGACACUGGAGGCGAAGUCAAGCUUUGCAUCAAAGGAAGAGAAUGGCCUAAAAAAGCAUGAAAUUCAGAAACUGCAGCUUCCUUCAACCGAGAACAUUGUCAUUCUGUCUCUCUCUUUGUUAAUAGUGCCCUUCGUUCCUGCCACAAACCUGUUUUUCUAUGUUGGCUUUGUAAUAGCAGAGCGUGUGCUGUAUGUUCCUAGUAUGGGCUUCUGCCUGCUGGUUACAGUAGGUGUCAGGGCCCUUUAUGUCAAAGCCCAAAAGCGCUUUCUGAAGAACUUGGUUUUUUGUUCCACUGCUGCAUUAAUUGUUUUCUAUGGACUCAAGACUGUUGUCAGGAAUGGGGACUGGCAGAAUGAGGAGAUGCUGUAUAGGUCAGGGAUAAAAGUAAACCCAGCUAAAGCAUGGGGUAACCUUGGAAAUGUUCUCAAGAGCCAGAGCAAGAUCUCUGAAGCUGAAAGCGCCUAUAGAAAUGCCUUGUACUACCGCAGCAACAUGGCUGAUAUGCUUUAUAAUUUAGGAUUACUACUUCAGGAAAACAGCAGAUUUUCAGAGGCAUUGCAUUACUAUAAACUGGCAAUUGGUAGCAGACCCACACUAGCUUCUGCCUAUUUAAAUACUGGUAUCAUCCUGAUGAACCAAGGGAAGACAGAGGAAGCCAGGAGGACUUUUGUGAAGUGUUCAGAGAUCCCUGAUGAAAAUCUGAAAGAUCCUCAUGCUCAUAAGAGCUCUGUUACCAGCUGUCUUUAUAACUUAGGAAAACUUUUUCAUGAACAAGGACACUACGAGGAGGCCCUUACGGUUUACAAAGAAGCAAUACAGAAAAUGCCAAGGCAGUUUGCACCACAGAGCCUAUAUAACAUGAUGGGAGAAGCCUAUAUGAGGAUGAGCCGGCUGCCUGAAGCAGAGCACUGGUAUGUGGAGUCACUGCGAUCCAAGAGCGACCACAUCCCAGCCCAUCUCACCUAUGGAAAGCUGCUGGCUCUGACGGGACGCAAGAGUGAGGCAGAGAAGUACUUCAUGAAGGCUAUUCAGCUGGAUCCUACCAAAGGAAACUGCUACAUGCAUUAUGGUCAGUUCCUCCUAGAAGAAUCCCGCCUGAUAGAAGCAGCUGAAAUGGCAAAAAAAGCAGCUGAACUUGAUAAUACAGAAUUUGAUGUUGUUUUCAAUGCAGCCCAUAUGCUCAGACAAGCCAGUCUUAAUGAAGAGGCUGAGAAGUAUUAUGAAAUGGCAGCAGGAUUAAGACCUAAUUAUCCAGCUGCCCUAAUGAAUCUUGGAGCCAUUCUCCAUCUGAAUGGCAAGCUGAAAGAGGCUGAAGAAAACUACCUCCUUGCUCUUCAACUGAAACCUGAUGAUGUCAUCACCCAGUCCAAUCUUCGCAAAUUGUGGAAUAUCAUGGAGAAACAAGGUUUGAAAACAUCCAAAACAUGAUGAUGAAAAUUCUGAACUUCUUUUCCUUAAAGUGAUUAAACCCAGGAACUAGAACUUCCACACAGUUGUCAGGUCAGAGAACUUGCUGGACUUGACUGCAAGGAUCAGAGGUCCUAAUUGCUGCUAGGAGAAGCUAUUCUGCUAGAGAAAUAGAAAAAGGGAGACUUUGAGGGAUUCAUGAAGAACUUGUUACACAACAAAAAUACUUGGAACAAUGGCACGUGAGAGAAGUUAUUUCGGUAUAUUUGAUAAACAAUUGCAAAUCCCAUAUUGCUCACUUUUGGGUGGGUACUUGAAAUGUAUGCUGUCAUAGAAAUAUGAAGGGAAAAUCACACAGUAUACACUAAGCCAUAUGGGAGUUAGAGUGGUAAUAGUAGGUUAAAGUAUUUUGCUGAUACUGUAACUCAUUAAAAUGUGUACUAAAUCCAGUGUGUUUGCAGUUUGUCUUAAUGCUGCUGUAUCUCACUUUUGAACCACUUGCUAGCCAAUUUCACAGCUUAUAUGGCCCAUUUUUUCAAACCUGUCACAUGGUUAGAUGACAGCAUUGCAAGUUGUUUACUGGGAAUAUGCCUGUUACUUCAGCUUGUUAACAUAUAGUGCAGUUUUCUUGAGAUACACAGUCAAAUUUCUGUGAGAUAGACAGAAUGACCAAGGAACUGUCUGUAUUCUACAUUAGAUGUAGUAUGUAGGCUGGUAAAAAAAGGACCAGAGGUGUGAUUUAGUAAUACAAGCAAGAGGGGUGUUUGC